ACACCAACACCACACCGCUUUUCACGCCUGUGCCCUAUAAUCUGGCCGCGUGUCUAACCUGGCACUGGCUCUCGGAACCCCCACGGUUUUGACCACCGUUUCCUUUGGGGACUUCCUUUGAGGGAGGGGAAGAGGAGAGGGGACGGCGACGUUGGAUUCGGAGCAGGGACGGAAGCUCUUUCAGGUAUUUCUCGCAGGGAGGGUUUUGUCGCUGUCUUCCACCCCCCCAAAAAAGGUAUCCUGAAAUUAGUUAAAGAAGAUCUUCUCAAACCAAUCCAGCAAUUUGAAAAUGGAGGAAAGUUGUGGCUCUGCUGGAGCAAUAGAGGGAAAGGAGCUAAAAGAGGAACUUCAUAUCAAAAUGAAAAACAAUGUAGAGGAACCAGGGACAGAUAAAGAAGAGAAGAAAGAGAUUGAAAUUGAAAUGAAAUCAAAGUCUGUAGAGAAAGAAAAGGUUAAACAUGAAGAAGACAAGGAUGCAGAUUGCAAGAGUGGGGGCAAGAAGGUGAAAAAACAUAAAGAGAAAAAAGACAAACAUGAGGAAGAUGAAGAUGGAGAAAUGAGUGAAAAGAAAGCCAAGAAGAAAGAUAAGGAGGCAAAAGAUAGAGCAAAGGCAAAAGAUAAAAAUGAGAAAGAUGAAGAUUUUAAGGAAAAGAAGGAAGAAUGGGAGAUGGUAGAAAAGGAUAAAGGAAAGGUCAAGAAGAAGGAAAAUGAGAAGACUAAAGAUGGAGAGUCGAAGAAAGCCACCAAGGAUAAAGAGGAGGAUGAAAAUAAUGAGUCAAAGAAAGAUAAGGAAAAUGACAAAAAGAAGGACGGUGAGGGAGAAACAAAGAAAAAAGAGAAGGCAAAGAAGAAGAACAAAGAUGGGGGGCCUAGGAAAGAUGAAAUUGAUGCGGAGGAAGAGCCUGAAGAAAAACAGAAGAAGAAAAAGGAUAAAGUUGGAGAAUUGAAAGACAACGAGAAGAAAGGAAAGCAUGGAGACUUGGAGGCUGAAGAGAAGGAUGGGGAUCCAGAAAAGAAAAAAGAUAAACAUAAGGAGGACAAGGAUACAAAGGAAAAGAAGACAAAGAAGAGUAAGGAUGAAAAUGAAGAGUCAGAGGUAAAACAUGAGGAGGAGAAACAUAAGAAGGACAAGGAUACAAAGGAAAAGAAGAAAAAGAAGAUUAAGGAUGAAGAUGAAAAGUCAGAAGAGAGUGUAGUUAAAAAGGAUGAUGAAGGAAAAGAAAAGAAAAAGAAGGGAACAAAAGAAGAAGAUGGAAGGGAGAACAAAGACAAGAAGAAAUUAAAGGAGAAAGAUCUGGAGAAGAAAAGUGAAUCACUAGGUGAAUCAGCUAAAGUACUGAGCAGCAGAAGGGAUAUCAAAGCUGGAGAUGAUUUGAAGGACCACAAAGACAUAGAUAGAGAGCUGGAAAAAAUCGAAGAGAAAGCAGAGAAAGAGGCAGAGAAUAAGGGGAAGGAUAAGAAAGAAAAAGACAAGGAAAAGAAGGAUAAAUGCAAAGAAGAAAAGGAUGGUAAAACAAGUGAAAGGAAAGAUAGAGACAAAGACAAGAGUGAGAAGAAAAGGAAACUUGAUGGAAAGGACAAGAGCAAGGAUGUUGAGAAGCUGAAGCAGAAGCUAGAAAAGAUCGAUGCCCAAGUUGAAGCCCUACUAGCCAAGAAAGCAGAUAUUGUGAAACUGAUCAAAGAAGCCGAACAGGGUCAGGUAGUAGAAAACCCGGAUGAAGCUGCAAUGCUGGUGUAGCGUGACUUUUGAGAUAGGUUUUGAAUAAUGUGUAUUGUAACAUUUUUAAUAAAACAUGCAAAAGUUAUCUAUUAUCAGAUUUGAGGUUUGUUACCUGAAGAAAAAACCCUUCUUGUAUCUUGAUGAGAGUGCUAUGUAAUAUAAACCAAAUAAAUUUUGAAUAUCGUUUGCAGAUAUGGACUCUUCUCU